CUGUAACAUCGCGAGACUUUGCGAGAGUUCCGGUGUUGUGAUGAUGAACGUCUCUGCCAACAUGGCGGUCAGCAUCCGCGGCCGUCAGCCCCGGAGUGUACGGAUGAGAGGUCGGAAUGACAGCGGGGAGGAGAAUGUACCGCUGGAUCUUACGCGGGAACCGUCAGAUAACAUGCGUGAGAUCCUUCAGAACGUUGCCAAACCGCAUGGAGUUUCCAACAUGAGAAAGCUCGGCCACCUGAACAACUUUGUUAAGCUCCUAAACAGUGUUAACCACUGUGAAGAAAAACUAGGAUUUACAUAUGAGGAAAUUAUUAUUUGUCUGCGUGUGGCUUUGCUGAAUGAGGUGAAAGAAGUUCGUGCUGCGGGUUUGCGAGCGGUGCGGUAUCUGAUCCGAGAGAGCAGCGUUCUCCAGAAAGUUCUUCAGCUGCAGGUGGAUUACCUGAUCUCCAGGUGUAUUGACAUCCAGCAAAGUAAUGAGGUGGAAAGAACUCAAGCCCUCCGAUUGGUCAGAAAGAUGAUAACGGUGAAUGCGCAGCUGUUCCCAAAGUCGGUGACAAACUCUUUGAUCGCCGUGGCCAAUGACGGAUUGCAGGAGAGAGAUCGGAUGGUUCGAGCCUGUAUCGCCAUCAUUUGUGAACUUGCGUUGAAAAACCCAGAGGUGGUGGCCAAGCAGGGCGGUCUGAGCACGAUCCUUAAAAACGUUAUAGACUGUCAGCUGAGCCGCAUCAAUGAAGCCCUGAUUACCACCAUACUGCACCUGCUCAAUCACCCACAAACACGACAAUACCUGCGUGCUGAUGUCGAACUAGAGCAAAUUCUUGCACCGUACACAGACUUUCACUACAGGCACAACCCUGACACAGCGGAGGCGCAGAUCAAAGAGGACCGAGAGAGUCGGUUUCUGUCCAGUAAAAUGGCCAUCGUGGCUGCAUUUCGCUCGUGGUCAGGUAUUAUAAAUCUGUGUAAAUCAGGGAACUCAGGUGUCCAGUCUUUGAUUGGUCUGCUCUGUAUACCAAACAUGGAAGUCAGGAAAGCCUUAUUAGAAGUCAUGUAUGACAUCUUCAGAUUGCCUGUUCCUAUGGUGACGGAUGAUUUUGAGGAAGCCCUGCACAGUGUCGAUCCCAGCAGGUUUCAGGACAGCUGGAGGUUAUCCGAUGGGUUUGUAGCGGCCGAGGCCAAAGUCAUAUUGCCACAUCGAGCGCGGUCCAGACCGGACCUCAUGGAUAACUACCUGGCUCUACUACUGUCAGCCUUCAUCAACAGCGGACUACUGGAGGGUCUGGUGGAGGUGGUGACCGGCAGUGAUGGACAGAUAUCGGUCAGAGCUACUGUACUUCUCGGAGAGCUGCUACACAUGGCCAAUACAAUUCUUCCUCACUCUCACAGUCAUCAUUUGCACUGUUUACCCACACUGAUCAACAUGGCAGCUUCCUUUGACAUCCCUCAGGAGAAACGAUUGCGCGCCAGUGCUGCGGUUAACCACCUGAAACGUUUCCAUGAGAAGAAACGGCGCGGGCCCAGACCGUACAGCCUUUACCUGGAUCACAUCUUAUGCAGGACGGCCACUUCAACACACAAGAAGGAACAGCAUCAGCGCUCGAACAAAGAUAUCUUUAUUAUGAAGGAUACUGAAGAGGCGCUGAUGAUGAAUCUGAGAGACAGUCAGAUCCUCAAUCACAAACAGAACCUGGAGUGGAACUGGGUUCUUAUCAACACUAUACUGAAGUGGCCAAAUGUGAACCUUAAGAACAACAAAGAUGAACAAAUGCACAAGUUUGUGAGGAGGUUGCUGUAUUUCUAUAAGCCCAGCAGUAAGCUAUACUCCGCUCUGGAGUUGGAUCACGCUAAAUCCAGACAGCUGACGGUAGCGGGAUGUCAGUUCAUGCAGUUUCUCUUGGAUUCUGAGGAGGACGGUCAGAUGUAUUUAGAAGAGCUAGUGAAGGACGUUGUCCAGUGGCUCACCUCCUCCUCUGGGAUCAAACCUGAACGCAGUCUCCAUAGUAACGGCCUCCUCAACACACUUAGUCAGCACUACUUCCUGUUUCUGGGUACCCUGUCGUCACAACCAAACGGAGUCAAAAUGCUGGAGAAAUGUGGCGUGUUUCAAUGUCUUUUGAACAUGUGUUCAAUGAAAAACCAGGAUCAACUGCUGAAGUUAACCAUGUCAACGCUGGACUACAGUAGAGACGGACUCGCUCGAGUCAUUCUGUCUAAGAUCCUCACGGCAGGCACUGAUAACUGUCGUCUCUAUGCCACCAAACAUCUGCGUGUGCUGCUGCGAGCUAACGUUGAGUUCUUCAGUAACUGGGGGAUGGAGUUACUGGUCACACAACUUCAUGACCACAAUAAAAACAUUUCUAUGGAAGCACUGGACAUCCUGGAUGAAGCCUGUGAAGACAAGGCGAACCUGCACACUUUCAUUCACAUGAGACCAGCUCUGUCUCAUCUGGGGGAUAAAGGACUUUUGCUACUGUUGAGGUUCCUGUCUAUCCCAAAAGGCUUCACAUACCUCAAUGAAAGAGGAUACGUCAACAAAGAGCUGGAAAAGUGGCAGAAGGAAUAUAAUCUUAAGUAUGUGGACAUGAUUGAAGAACAGUUGAACGAAGCUCUGACGACAUAUCGCAAGCCUGUCGACGGAGACAACUACGUCCGUCGCAGCAACCAAAGGUUACAACGGCCAAAUGUGUUUCUUCCCGUUCAUUUAUAUGGGCAGCUGGUACAUGAUAAAACCGGCUGUCUCCUAUUAGAAGCACAGGGAGUCAUUCAGGAUCUCUGCUGUGCUGUUCGUUCUCCAGUGUUGGAUAAAUGGGAAGGCAUUAAACAACUGAAAGCUGUGCUUUGGGCUCUGGGUAACAUUGGCAGCUCUAACUGGGGGCUCAACCUUCUGCAGGAGGAAAAUGUGCUUCCAGAUAUCAUAGCUCUGGCACAGCACUGCGAGGUUUUGUCCAUACGCGGUACGUGUCUGUAUGUGCUGGGCGUGAUCAGCCAGACGAGGCAGGGCAGCGACGUGCUCAAGGUUUUAGGAUGGGACUCCGUACGGCACAGCCGCAGACAAAAGUGGCCCGUUGUCCCUGAAGAGGUGGACGCACCUCUGCCCAGUGAACUUUCAUCUGUGCCCAGCACGCUCAGCCUCACCUCGGAGUCCACCGGCUCACGGCACAACAGCGAGAGCGAAAGUCAACCGAGUUUUUAUUUGGAAGAUGGUCGCGAAGGGUUGGACAUGUACGACGACUCUUCGCUUUGCAUACACGCGAAACCUCCAAAGGACAGAAGCCCUUUUACCAUGUUGACCCCGUCGCACAUCAGAAACCGUUUUCUGAACUCUCUUUCUCUCCCCAUUAAAAAGGGGCGAAGCUCCGGUGACUCCAAAGGCACAACUAAUUCAGGAAAGUCACCCGAGGAGCUGAGGCUCAUCCGGAGAAACCGGACGGCAACCGAACCUUCGAACUACUCUCCUGGCCGCUCGUUUAAGAGCCGCAGUCAGAGCUUUAACACGGACACGACCACCAGCGGCAUCAGUUCCAUGAGCUCCUCGCCGUCCCGGGAGCAGGCCGUCGCCAUGGAUACGGACUGCGCCAGCCUCAACACGGUGGUGAGCGCCAAAACGGUGAAAAUGCAAGACUCGCUCAGUCCUUACUCUGGCCGCGGCCACAUCCCGUUGUCGAAGUCCAAUUCCACGUCCCUGGUUCCGCCCGGGUCGGCACACACGCUUCCCCGCAGGGCGCAUUCGCUGAAAUCCCCCUCUGUGGCCACCAUCAAUAGCCUAGUGGAUUGCAGCUAUAUGUACACGAGUCAACGUGAUGCGUUGGGCUACGACAUGCUGAAACGUCUGCAGCAGCAGAGGAUCCAUCCUUCUCUUUCCCACAGCGAAGCUUUGGCUUCUCCAGCUAAAGACGUUUUGUUUACGGACACGAUCACCAUGAAAACACGCAGCCUUGAUUCACGAUUCACCCCGCGCGGGUUUUUGAAAGCUUUAAGUUUUGCGUCUCUGGAUAAGGAGGACUUACUGAGUCCGAUAAGUCACGCCAGCCUGCAUCGCUCUUCUUCUCUGCGCUCUAUGGUACCCAACCCCACCUUUGGCUGCAGCGAGGAUUACAUCGGCCUCGCGUUGCCAAUGGACAUUAACCACAUAUUUCAGAUUAAAGAAACCUCAUAUUUCCAGAAGAGAACAAGCCCCCCUGCCGGAGAGAAAUCAUCCAGAUUUCUUUUUGGAGAAACUGAUGAGUCGUGUCGUGGUCCUGCCCUGAAGCAGCAGGUCAGCAUCACAGAGCUGUUAAACAGCAGCCGGUCAGAUCAGCAUCAUCUGUUGUGUGAUGAUGAGACUACAGGUUUACAGGAGCACACAGAUGAGAACUGCCUGUACUGCAGCGCUCUUACUGCACUCGGCUCAUACACAAACAACCAUCUGAAUAACACACACACUCGCACAGAUCUGUGUGAGGGUUUCACUGCGUGGCACGGUCAGCCAUCCCAUAAUCACCUGGAGGUGGUCGCUCAGUCUAAGUACUCUGGUGUGUCAGGCUGCAGUGAUGCAGCUGUGAGUCAGGGCUCGGCCAGCAGCACACCCAGCACUGAACUUAUACUGGGUGGUAAGGCAAUAUCUGAGGACGGACCUGCCUGCAGAGUCUUGUUAAGAAAGGAGGUUCUCCGAUUGGUCAUCAAUCUCAGCUCAUCAGUCGGUACCAAAGGCCAUGAAACUGGACUGCUCACGAUAAAGGAAAAGUUUCCAUAUGCGUUCGAUGACAUCUGUCUCUACUCCGAGGUCUCCUUCUUGUUGGCCAAUUGCAUGUUUCGUCUGGCUUCACGACGCUUCAUCCAGGAGCUCUUCCAGGACGUGCAGUUCAUUUCGUUGUACGAUGAAGCUGAAGCGGUGUUGGCUAAACCACCGAAACCUGUUCCAGCGGUGACUCCGGAGUCUUGAUACCUCCUACAAACUUUCUGAAACACCUCAUCGCUGUUAUGUCCCAUCCGUCCAUUUCAUCUUCCUUCAUCCCAUGCACACAAGGAAAUGGCGGACGGCAUGUAAACGUGGAGUGGAUGAAUGAAGAGGAUGAUCGCUCUGCUUCGUGUGUAAAAUAAUGAAGCACUUACUGGAAUAGACAUCGACUUUUGCACAGAAAAGAAAUUCGACAAACAAGCCCCUGCACUGUGUUUUUAUACGGGGAACAGUUUACCAAAUAAUGUCUUCAGGCUGUGAAAUGAAUGAGCGCUUUGAAUGGACAAAGACUACAAUUUUUAGUGGACAAAAAUGCUGUUUACAUUUUAAGGGUGCUGGAUGUACAGAUGAGAGGAAAUGUCUGUGAUCCGGUGUCUGUACAUGUCCUGAUGUUUCAGAUCGCCGUCAUGUAAACACUACAGAAAACUCAGCGGCAACUAGGAAUUUAUGAGAGAAAAGACAAAACAUGAAUUACACGAAUGCUAUUUAUUUUUUCGUCUUUUUUGUAUGCGUGUUUGGAUUUUUAUGACUUCCAGACAAUCAGAAUUCAGUAUUUUUGAAAAGUGCGUUCGAACUUGCGUUUUGUUGGGAAUCUGUCAUCUGAGUCGUCUUGUGAAACAUAUUUAUAAGCAGCACUGUUUGAAUUACAGACAAAGUGACACACGUGGACGUUGACACGCACAUUUACACAGCUGAUGGAAAUCUCAUUGUGGGAUUGGCAGUAGUGUUCAGAUAUUGUGAAUAUCACAAAACCUUUCAAGAACACAUUUGACACUGUAAAAAAGUUGGUUCAACUUAAAAAAGUAAGUUACCUGGUUAUCGUAAAAUUUUGAGUUUAUUCAACAUAAAAAUAUUAGUUGAAAAACUAUAUUUUUACGUUGCAUUAAUUAUAUUUUUAAGGCAACCAGAUAACUUACUUUUCUUAAGUUUAACCAACAAAUGUUCUUUGCAGUGUAUUUUACCCCCCAAUAAAACAAAUAAUAUGAGGAUGUAUAAAUAGUUAAAAGAAAAAUUUAAGUUGCAAUAAUAGAAAUAUGAUUUUCUUUGCAUUACAGUGAUCAAAUUGUCCUUUACUGUAAAAGUGAAAAGUUGGAUCAACUUAAGAAAAUAAUUUGAGUGGUAACACCUCAAAAUUAUUAUUUUUUUUACUUACGUUUUCUCAUUUUUCAGCUCCCCUAGAGUUAAACAUUUGAUUUCUACCGUUUUGGUAACCAUUCAGCUGAUCUCCGGGUCUGGCUGUACCACUUUUAGCAUAGCUUAGCAUAAUCAAAUGAAUCUGAUUAGACCAUUAGCAUCGCGCUAAAAAAUAAUCAAAGAGGUUUGAUAUUUUUCCUAUUUAAUACUUGACUAGGAACUAUACUUUCAUUCUGGCGUAAUAAUCAAGGACUUUGCUGCCGUAACAUGGUUGCCGCAGGUGCAAUGAUAUUACGCAGCGCCUGAAAAUAGUCCGCUGCUAUUGAAAGUUACUAAGGGGGAUUAUUUUCGGCUGUUGUGUAAUAUCAUUGCGCCGCCUGCAGCCAUGUUACAGCAGCAAAGUCCUUGAUUAUUACGCCAAAAUGGGAGUAUAGUUCCUAGCCAUAUCUGACUAGAAAAUCGCAACUUUUAAUUUUCCGUCGGUCUUAGUACACGAUGUAACUACAGAAGAGUCAAGUUUUAAACAGGAAGAAUAUAUCGAAACUCUUUGUUUUUUAGCGUGAUGCUAAUGGUCUAAUCAGAUUCAAUGGAUUAUGCUAAGCUAUGCUAAAAGUGGUACCGCCAGACCCGCAGAUCAGCUGAAUGGAUUCCAAAACGGUAAAAAUCAAAUAUUUAACUCUAGGGGAGCUGAAAAAUAAGCAUAUUUCAAAAAAAGUGGAGUGUCCCUUUAAAGUGAAACUAAAGUAAAAUUUUAAGUAAAAAAAAUUACUUUUUAAGGUGUUAUCAAUUGAAGUAAUUUUUUAAGUUGAUGCAACUUUUGACUUUUUACAUUGUGAUGCUAAAUAUAUUUUCUUACCAUUUUGGUUUUGGGGUGAAAUGUGACCUACAGUAUACUUCCUGGCUUCAUAUUCGGCAUGAUGUGAUAAUCUGCUUGCAAUACUCCAGUCUGAUGGUCCUGAACCGAGAUAAGCUUAAGAUUUAAAUGCUGAACACAACAGGAAAAGGAUAAACAUUUGCACGCAUAGUAUAGUUUUUGUGAUUAUUGGGUGUACCUGUCCGGAGUUCAUUACAACUCUAUUGAAAGCAUUUGUGACAUGCUGUUCAUAUCAUUUUGACUCUGUUUAUAGACCACCUGAAAUGUUGAUUGUUGUGCAUUUAAAAUAUAAUUCUUAUGAGGUGAACAGCGAUUGCCCCAUAGACUUUUAUUGUAAGUGCGUUACAGAAAGGGAGAUGAAUAUCAAAAUGUGUUAUAUUUCAUCACAGAAUCUAAAGAAAUUUGAUAUGUUUUGCAUAAAGUAGUGAUUGUGUAAGCUAAUUUUAUGGCCAGAAUGAGGUUAAGUUUCAUUAUUAUUAUGGUAAAAAUUAUAUAAUUACUCAAAAUGUGGUUUAUUUAGAUCUAACGAGAAUCACAAUUCAUAAAAACAAACUCAUAUUGAGAAUAUGGGAUGAAAAUAUCCUAAAUUGUCAUUUAAAUGCUACAAUCGUGGUGUUAAAAUAUACGCCAUACAAAAUAUUUGAUCUUUCUUCUUUUGAAUUUGAGGUGAAGCUUUUCAUAAAAUUUGCCAGCAUUUGAGAGACAAGUUUAAGCUUUGUUAAAAAGUGAAAAGAUGCUAAUAAUAAAAUUGACUUUUUAACCUUGACUAUGCCAGAAAUAUGAACGUGAUCUGUUAUCUGCAUUAUAUCAGUGGCAUGUACCUGGUGAAUCACUUUAAACUCUGCACUGAAGUUUUACAGAUAUUGAAACACUGUCAGAAAUGUCUACAUUUUGGGCGUCGUCAUAUGAGGUGCAUUGAAAUGUUUUGCAAGUUUUGUAAUCGCAUUCAUCAUGUUAGCAGAUUGUGAUAUUUUCCUCAUGUUCACACAAAGCACUGACUCAUCUUUCCUGUUUGCUCCUGUUCAAAGUGAUGUCUUGAUCGCAUGCCUAAUGAACACAAAUCCACACUUGCUUAUUUAUUAACCGUGAGAUCUCUGAAUCCAUGUUGUCUCAGUGCUGCUGUUGUGUUUGACUGACUGCUGAAGAGCGUAUCAUGUGUUUGACUUUUCUCUGUGGCCAUAGUGUCACGAGACAGAAAGAGGAGAAAAAUAUAUAUUUAUAUUUUUCCUAAAAGAUGAAAUGUGUAAUUUAAGACAUGUUUUUUGUCUGCGGUUUCCCUUGUAAAAUGUACAGUGUGUUUUUUUGUUUGGGCACUUUCGGCCCUGGAAAUCUUAGUCUUA